CUAUAGUCCGCACGAAGUGAGCCGUUUCGUCAGAAAACCGUUCCAUUUUUACGAUACUGCACUGUAGUGUAGUGUAGAUGUUUAACCAUACUUUUCCUACGAUAAGACCAUCGUAAGAAAAGAGUAGUUUGUGGUAAAUGUGUAGAGGUGUUAGUUUGGAAGCGCCCUUAUGGUGAGGUGAGACUGAUUGUGUGUGCGUUAGUGCACCUGCGUGGAGCGCUCCGUUCUUUGGGCACCAGACGGCGGUAUGGCGUGCGUCGGGCGGACUCGCCUCCUGUUUUGCGGUUGGAUUUUACUCUUCCUGCACCCAUACAAAGAAUGCUCGGCCCAAUCUCCUAUUGGCCUCACCUUACCAGAGAUCGUUAACACCAUUGUCGGAGACCCCGUCACCUUGCCUGCCACUUUCCAAACAAAUCGCCAGGUGGUGUCGGUGUCUUGGAGCAAGCUCGACCCGCGACAACCAGCGAAGAGAAUACCUGUGCUGAAGUAUCUACCAAUGCUGCAGUCCACAGAGUCUUACGGUAGCUUCAAAGGAAGAGUAGUCCUUGAAGGGAGGGCGUCCUUGAAGAUUCAACGAACGACAAGAAAAGAUGGCGGGACGUAUGUCCUGGGAAUCAUGGGAGAAGGAUUUCCUACAGAGGAAGGGUUCAUUGAGAUGAAUGUGUUAGUUCCGCCGAAAGUUGUGGUGGGUCCCACCAAUCCUUACGUCACAGCCGAGGGUCGGUCAGCGUCUCUGACAUGCGCAGUGAGAGAUGCCAGUCCAAACGUGACGUCACUCCGGUGGGAGAAAGAUGGCACCGCAAUCGACACUCUCAGAUUCGACUCCAAAUAUUCCGACGGGACACUCCAGUCUCCCGACCUCCUCAUACAUCACGUGACCAGGAGCGAUGCUGGACGGUACCGGUGCGUGGCAGGUCACGUGGUCAAGCCUGUGAGUGACAGUCUCACACUGGAGGUUCGAUAUCCAGCAACGAUCGUCAGUGUCUCCGAUUCACUUUCCGUUGCGGUGUCAGACAACGCCGUCUUGCAGUGCGUCGCGGAGGGACACCCUCCCCCAAACGUCACGUGGUCCAGAAACGGAGUACGCCUGCGCAGUACUACCAAGCGGCUAUCCCGCGGUGUUUGCACGAGCUCCCUGGUGCUGCCGAAGGUUCGACUGAACGCCACGGGAACGUACGUGUGCACGGCGUCAAACAGCGUGGGCAAGGACGACAUCAAGUCUGUCAUGCUGUCCAUCAGAGUUGCCCGUACCGGAGGAGAGGGUGUGGACGUGCUGAUCCUGGUGGGGGCCAUCGCGGGCGGCAUGUGGCUGGUCAUCUGCCUGGCCCUGGCCGUGUACUUCGUCCGGCGCCGGAGACAGCGGCAGGAGAAGAAACGCUUCUCGUUCUACUACAACAUGGGGAGGGGGCAGGGGGACAAGGGCGGGGACAGGCCGGGGGAGGAGACUCUGGAGGUCACCCGGCACCCGAAUCUCAAGCCGCCUGUUAAGCCGCGUUCUCCCAGUGCACCUUACGGUGGCAUAGAGACCAUCAGACGAACGUCUAACAAGGGAAAGGUAGUGAGGAGAUACGCCCGCGCCUUGUACUGCUACCGCCCGGCAGAGGAGAAUGAGCUUGCUCUGGAGGUAGAUGACGUCAUCGAGGUGCUGGAGGGGGAAGAUGGCGGCUGGUGCCUGGGUUACCUGAGGGGCAGGAUAGGCCUGUUCCCCUCCAACUACGUCAAAUUUCUGUCCGCGUCACAAGGUUUGGCAUGUCAGCCGCCAAGCUGAGAGAGCUGUAUGAACCUGUGGAGUCCAAAUCGUCGUCAUCCAAGGCCAGCCUGUGAAGGGAUUUUACGACAGUGGUGUAACACGACAUCAUGUCCAUUUUACCACAGGAAUAGUUUAGAGGCAGAACAGGAGACAAGAAAGGACAGGGAGAUAUCCCGGAGAUCUCUCCAUUAGUAUAUAUCCCCUUAGUCAAGGACUACUUGUACAUGUAAAUUAUCAGUAUACUAGUAGAUACGUGACAGAGAUAAACGUACUGAAGGACUUUCCAAAGUAUCUGCAUUGUAUACCUGCCCGUGUGACGUGUACAAUAAUCCUAGAGUGAACAUGGGCGACUAUUUUGUUUCAUUUACUCUAUAUUCAA